AUACGGUCACACAGCACUGUCACGGCCAAAAACAGCUGAUCGGUGUGUCUGUUUUUUUUAUUGUCCAAAGGGAGCAAUAAUCUUUGUGAAAUAAAUAAUGAUUGCCACUUCAAACAAAUCCACCCAGUGAGACGAGUCCAGAGAACGCCACAAAGCACAGGCAGCACGAUGCGCGAGCCCAAUCUGUAUGUGAUCCUGUCGCACGCGCUAAUCGGCUCCGGCUUCUUCUUCCUGUACGUGCAGCAUGUGCGCGUGAUCUUCGAGACGCGCACCAACAUCCAGCAGCUGAACCAGCUGGAACGGGAGGCGCUACUGCGGCGCGAGGAUGCCCUGUACUACGCCUUCUACAAGCGGCUGGCCGACGGUCCGGACUUCUGGCACGGCUACGAGCAGCUGAAGAACGUCACGGACAUCGAGUAUCCGCACAGCGUCAAUGUGCUGCAGCGGUUCUACGUGCUGCCGGAGUUGGUCACGGCGUACUUCUUCCAUGUGGUGCGCGCCGGCUUUAAUCCCAUGGUGCAGCCCAUGCAGUUCUACCUGGAGUUCGUGUGGCUCAUGGGCGGGAUGACCCUGCUGGUCCUCUAUCUCUACGGAACGCUGCUCAGCGAGAACGUGUUUGGCGGCAUAUACGGCGUGGUCUCGUACCUGAUGUUCCACAGCUUCGUGGCCAAGAUCUACGAGCGACCGCUGGCGCGGGAAAAUUUUGCCUUCCCGUUCAUAUUCCUGCAGAUGUUCUAUCUGUGCAUCUGCAUUGGCAGGAUCAUACACCGUCAGCGGCACACCUCGCGUCUGUUUAUGAUCUUCGCCAUGUCGCUGUUCACCGCCUGCGCCCUGCUCUCCUGGCAGUUCUCCACCUUCAUCUUCACCACCCAGAUCCUGAUCGUGAUGACGUCGUGGAACGUGUGCGCCCUGCCUACGGGCCUGGCCAACGCCUUCGCGCUGGACUACUCGCUGUCGCAUCUGCUGGGCCACGCCCUGGCCUUUGUGAUGUCGCACGGCAACAGCCAGUUGCUCUUCACCUGGCAGCUGAGCGUCUCGCUGUCGCUCUUCCUGAUCACGGUGGUGCGCCAGCUGCGGCAGGUGCGUAGCCGGAGGCUGGGCCACGCCCACGAUCCGCUGCAGGGCGACUACUUCUCGCUGAAGUUCAUCCUGCUGGCGCAGCUCUUCGCCAGCAGCAUGCAGGGCAAGCUGCUGGAGCUGCUCAACCGGGCGGGCGUCGUGAGUGCGCCGGAUGGCGCCCAUACGCACUACUGCGACCUGUUGGCCCACUGGGCGCUGCAGGUCAACGUGGGCUUCGUGGCCCACGUGUCCGCCUGCAACCCGCUGUACGCGCGCAUCGCCUGGUCGGAGCUGUGGCAGCUGGUCAAGACGAUGAUCGUGAAGCCAUACUGCAUGUACGGCGUGGUCAUGCUGGCCAUGUUCUUCCGCCGCUGGCGCAAGAGUGGCGCCCCCCCCAGCGCCGCCAGCGAGGAGCAGCGCGAACGGGCCCGCAACUACGUGCUGGAGGACUUCCUCGAGGAGCACCGCGUCUCCAUGGGCGACAUGUCCAACCGACAGACGGAGCAGCAGCUGCAGCAGUGCUUCAAGCUGCUCGAGAGCUGCGACCACGACUACGAGCGGUACAAGCGCGCCCAGGCCCGCCUGCGCCAGGAGCAGCCACCCGCCCGCGACGACUUCAUGCAGGACAUACGCCGGCUGCGGGCCCAGAUCCAUCGCAACAGCGACAAGCAGCGCAAGGAGCGGGCGCAGGGAACCAAAGACGAGGAGGAGAAGCAGCCAGAACUGCACGAGGAUGAGGCUGAGGAGGAGGCUAAGGAGAAGGAGAAGCAAGAGACUGCAGCAGAUCCCACAGAAACUCUGCCGUCCAAGUCCCCCGAAAAGGAGGAGAAGCAAAAAGAGCAGGAGGAGCCCAAGCCCAAGCCCGAGGCAGACUCCAGCUCCAGUUCCAGUGGCCAGCGACGUCGCAAGCGCAGCGGCUCCAGGCGCAGCUCCGUGGUGCCCACGGCCAACGCGCAGAUCCUCAACCUGCACUACAUGUACAGCUUCCUGCAAAUGCUAGUCUUCACUGUCAUCGGCCUCACCGUGCGCAAGCUCUUCUUCCUCAGCUUCACGCAGGGCUGCGUGAUUGCGCCCACCAUCUGCUCGAAGGUGUGGUACCACCGCCAGCGCAACAUCUUCUGGUCCGUCUCGCUGGCCGUCUUCCUGCUCAGCAUGUUCGAUCCGGGCAUGGUGAACAUACGCGAGGAGUAUUUCCCCACGCGUUAUACCCAGAGCGGCGACGACCUGGAUAGCAUGCUCGAGUGGAUCAAGCUGAACACGGAGCGGGAUGCGGUCUUCGCCGGACCCGUGGAGAUCAUCGGCACCGUGCACCUGACCACCAAGCGGCCCAUAGUCAACCAUGCGCACCUGGAGAUGCGUCAGAUGGCGGACCGCACGGAGCACGUGUACUCGGUGUACAGUCGCCAGCAGUCGUCGGACAUCUACAACCAGUGCGCCCAGCUGAAGAUCCAGUACUUGAUCAUAUCGCUGGACGAGUGUACCAACGAAGUGCGCGACGAUUGCGAUCUGCUGGCCAUUUGGGAUGACAAGCAGCCGGCGUACCAGAAGUACCCCCAGUUCUGCCACGAGCUGCUCCACAAGAACGUGCCCAGCUUCCUGAAGGUGUACGCCAACGAGCACUACGGCAUCAUCAAGAUGUUCUCGCAGAGCGUGCAGAUCAACCUCAAGCACAACAAGAUGCCCGAGAUGUCCAUAUAGUAGUGGCUGGAGGCGGGAUAGUGGGACGGGAGGAUGGAGGAUGGAGGAACCGACUGUGUUGUGUUGUGCGUAGCUGUGUGACUAGGGACUAGCAUUUUACGAUGUCUGUGUAUUAUGAUUACGUUUAGUAUUGCUGUUCCCCGUCCCACGAUUUCCGCCCAACUCCUGCUCCAUAUAUAGGAUAAAGGAUAGCAGGAGGAGGCCCUUCCGCUAGAUAGCUAGAUAGCAAACUGAAUUGGAUGCGUUUAGCAGCUUGACUUGUUUCUGUUCCGCUCGACCUCGUUUGGAUUUCGAUUUGGAUCAUUCCCCGCGCCCCUCGCAUUUGAAUAAGUUAAUCUAGCCGUACGGACCGACUCUAAACUCUAAAAUCUAAUUACUUUCGUUAAGUUUAAGCUAAGCUUUUUACAUUUAUGUAGUAUAUAUUAUGACGUGUGGUCGGGGAAGUGGCAGGAAGUGGAUGUAUCUGAGCAUGUGUCCCCGGAAACCACGAUACCAGGCCGAAAAAUUAAACUGGGCGAAGCGCAUUUGCCAGGCAAUAAGUGAAAUAAAAUGAUAAAGUUGAA